AUGAACGCGCCGAACCGCAGCGACUCGUACCUGCUGCCCGAGGGCGCGCAGAAGGUGACGUACGAGAAGGACACCAAGAUCUCCAACGCCGGCAAGUUCACCAUCCUGCGCGAGGACCACACCAUGGGCAACCUCAUCCGCAUGCAGCUGCUGCGCGACCCGAACGUGAUGUUCAGCGGCUACCGCCACCCGCACCCGCUCAUCCACGACAUCACCGUGCGCGUGCAGACUAACGACGCGUCGUCGCCCGUGGAGGCGCUGGCCAACUCGCUGGACGACCUCAGCACCGAGUUCGACGAGAUCGCGCAGAAGUUCCGCCGUCUUACAGGCAACUCCAAGGACCCGAGCUCCUUCAGUUAA